AUUGUCACCGUUGAUGUUAAAGUCUCAUAGUUCAUCCAGUGUGCAACUGUUCCCCUCCUGCAUUGAAUAUCCAACGCACAGUCCUCCAAUCCGUUCCUCAUUUCAAACUCAUACAUAAUCGCAGACAUGGCGCAACCAAUCGACAACGUCGCCGCCAAACGCAUCUCCUACUUCACCCCAGCCCAGGAGCCCGCCUCAGGCAGCGCCUUCACAGACACAAACAGAUCGAUCCCCAAACUCUUCACUCCCCUCACCAUCCGCGGCACCACCUUUCAAAACCGCCUAUUCGUCCCGCCCCUAUGUCAAUAUUCAGCACAAAACGGCUACGCCAACGACUGGCACCUAACCCACAUCGGCGGCAUCGUACAGCGCGGCCCGGGGCUGACAAUCAUGGAAGCCACCGCCGUCCAACCCGAAGGCCGCAUCACGCCGCACGAUCUCGGUCUCUGGGAAGACGGCCAAAUCGCGCCCUUGAAGCGGAUUACCGAAUUUGCUCACGGCCAGAACCAGAAGAUUGGUAUCCAGCUUGCGCAUGCAGGACGCAAGGCGACCACUGUUGCGCCUUGGCUUCACGCUAAUGCCGUUGCGGUGAAGGAGGUGGGUGGCUGGCCUGACGAGGUCUACGGCCCGUCUGCGAUUGCGUUUAGCGAGAACAACCCAACGCCCAAGGCUAUGACGCUGGAGCAGAUUAAACAGCUUAAGACGGCGUUUGUGGACGCGACGAAGAGGGCGAUCCAGGCUGGGUUCGAUGUCAUUGAGAUUCAUUCCGCGCACGGGUACUUGCUUCACGAGUUCUUGACUCCUGUUAGCAACACACGGAUCGAUAAAUAUGGAAAUAGUUUCGAGAACCGCACAAGGCUCUUGAUUGAGGUCGUGGAGCGAGUUAGGGAGGUUAUCCCUGAAGAUAUGCCGCUAUUCGUGCGCAUUAGCGGUACGGAUUGGUUCGAGUUUGCUGAGGCGAACGAGUUCCCGGAGACUUGGACCGUGGCCGACUCGUGCAAGUUGGCACCUAUCUUAGCAGAAAAAGGGGUGGAUCUGAUCGAUGUCAGUUCGGGUGGUGCACAUCCGAAGGCGCUUGUCAACCUCAAUGGCGGACAGGCGUACCAGGCACCCUUUGCCAAGGCUGUCAAGAAGGCUGUUGGGAAUAAGAUGCAUGUCUCGACCGUGGGGGGCAUCACCAGUGGUACGCUGGCUGAGGAGCUGCUGCAGGCGGGGUUGGAUGUGGUUAUGUCGGGUCGCUCGUUCCAGAAGAACCCGGGCUUGGUUUAUGCCUUUGCUGAUGACCUCGGCACAGAAGUCAAGAUGGCUAACCAGAUUGGUUGGGGGUUUGGUGGUCGUGGUGUGAGGAAGGUAAACACGAGUACAUAAGUAUAGGACUGGCAUGAAUAAUUUUGCAUAGUAUAGGGUUUUAGUUAGACUAGAGUCACAAGAAAUUACAUCAACUAGAGCAGUUUUAUAGAGUACUAGUAGCCUUAUUCAUACACGCGGGUCG